AUGGAUGAUACCCUGAGGUCCACGGAGUCUCCCGAUUACAUUGAAUGGAGGAAACUCCUAUACACGGAUCAUCACGCCGCAAUCACGACGGCCAAUGCGCCAGGGAAAGAUUAUCCAUGUCUGCUCUUCAUGGUCGAUACGGAAAUGCGACUGUCCUGGCCCGAUUUUGUUCCCCGGGCAAAUGUUCUCUUUGCCUGGGACGAAGGCGAGGGCGUCUGGGUUCUCGAGCCUACGGAGGACGACUGCGAAAACCUCAAGGAGUUUCUCAAGAGAGAUUUCAUGCACUGGCAUGAAGCUCUGGAGAAAUGCGGAGCUGUUCACUUCAGCCAUUGUUACAACAACAUGCUAACAAAUGAAAAUGUUACCUGGUUACUAGGGCAGGACAAUUUUUGGAGCAGAACUGCCAAUGAGAAGACGCACGGCACCGUCGACUGGAAGCCGUUCUACUGGGCGAAAAUAGUUCCCACAGAUGAGCCAGUAGCCCAAUAUGGGAUAUCCAGGAAAGAGGCGGACUCGAAUGGCUUCCAGCAGAAGCUGUAA